GACACACUUUAGAUCCAAACCACGCAAAGCCGUUUGGCCUUUUGGUGUGGAACGGUGUGUAUUGCAAAUUGAAGGUGGGUACAGAACAUGGUGGUCACCUUAGCAGAGCGCCAAGCGGAACAGCGGUCCAGGCAGCUCGAGCUCCUGGCCGUCGAGUUGCUUCGUGACUUGAAGCGCUCCUGUCACACCGCGCAUGCGCUGGGACGGCGACAAUUGACCUGGGGUGGUGUGGUGCCAGGAGUACAAGCUGGCAGUGAAGAGGACAUGGAUGAUGUGUUGAAAAUACUGGAUCAGAAGAUGACCGAAGACCAUGAUUCGGGCGUUGGCUUCAAGAAAGUAGAAUGGUGCAAAGCUCAAGCACCCAGCGAGUGGGUUGUUCAACCAUCGCGAUUUGGUUCGCAUAUGCAACUUCGAGUGCACUGGAGCGAUGAAGCUGGCAUCUACUUCGAGUGAGCCGGUUGGUGGGUUGGCAGCACGUUGAUAACGUGUUCACCACUCAAGGAGCUAAUCGGCCAGUUGAUUGAAUGGACAACCCACUUUUCGGCCAACUUUGACACCGUGCCAUCCUUAAGGGAUCGGCAGGAUGAAGGGUUUUCUCAAGCGACCCUUCAAGGUGUGCUUUUUUGAACAUGCAGAGCUGUGCUUUUCGCCAGAGCUGCAGAGUUCAAGCACGUGCACCGGAAUUGCAUGAAUGGAAUACAAAAAGAACUACACGGUCCCCAUUCUCUCUUCACGCUGAUAUUGGAAGCUGACUGGACUGUAGUUUUGUGAUUGUUGGAGCAUUUGCUUCAGGC